AUGUCAUACUACUUCGUCAUCGUCGGCACGCAGGACAACCCGCUGUUCGAGCACGAGUUUGGAACCUCGAAGCAGGGCGGCGAUGGGCAGUCGCGCUUUAGCGAGGAGUCGCGGCACAUGAACCAGUUCAUCGUGCACUCGUCCCUAGACAUUGUGGAAGAGGUGCAAUGGGGAACCAGCCAAAUGUACCUCAAGCACGUCGACCGCUUCUUCAACUCGUACAUUUCCUGCUUCGUAACCCCCAGCAACAUCAAGUUCCUGCUGCUGCACCAGCCCGUACAGCCCUCGGCCGCCUCGUCGUCGUCGGCUCGCUCCUCGAGCACCAGCAUCGCCGCCAACCCGACCUCGCCGCAGACCGAAGAGGCCGUCCGCAGCUUCUUUACUGAAGUCUACGAGAACUGGGUAAAGGCCUGCAUGAGUCCCUUUUACCGCGUCAACAUGGAGGUCACGAGUCCCGUCUUUCGGCAGCGCGUUGCCGCCGCGGGGAGAAAGUACCUGUAA